AUGGCAUCAGCCUCCAACACACUCUCAACCUCCUCACUUCACCAUCUCAUUGCUUCAGUCUCAAUUAAACUCAAGCCCUCAAAUUACCUGAUAUGGAGGACUCAAAUGUUGCAGCUUAUCCAAGUCAUGAGACUAACAUAUCUCAUUCGGGAUGAACCAAAAACAAUUAUCACUGAAGAAGACACUUCUAGCAGUGACAAAAACAGUGGCAAAACCAGUGAUAAAGGCAGUGAAAAUGAUGAUAGGGAGGAGAAGGACGUGUUGCUGAGAAUUUGGAUCUCUGGUACACUAUCAGAGGAAACCAUGUACCUCAUUGUAGGCUACAAUACUGCAAAAGAGAUGUGGGAAACCUUGAAGGAAACUUACCUUCAAGCUACCAAGGACAAAGAAUUCCAAUUGAAGCAACAACUUCAAACUAUCAGGCUUGGAAACAAGUCUACAGAUGAAUUCUUGAAAGAAUUCAAGGGCAUAUGUGAUGGUUUAGCAGCCAUACACAAGCCAGUAGAUGAGGAUAGCAAGGUGAUAAAUUUUGCCAGAGGACUAGGUCCUAAGUAUAAAACCUUCAGGACUGUCAUGCUUGGCAAACCACCUUAUCCAACUUUGAACCAACUGAUCAAUGCAUUGAGAGGCUUUGAUCUCAGGGAAGAUGAUGGAGAAGAAUCACAACAUGUUAACCAUAACACAGCCUUCACUGCUCAACAGGUAAAUCAAAACAGGUCCAACAACUAUAGGGGUAGAGGAAACUCCUAUUCAAAGAGAGGAAAUAUGAACUACAACUCAAGAGGCAGGGGUUUUAGACCAUCUGGACAAAGCACACAUCAAGCUGCUCAAGGACAAGGCACUGAAAAUCCCUCCAGGGAGAAGGAAGAAGUUGUUGCUUGUCAAAUUUGUGGUAGGAACAACCACACCGCACUCAAAUGCUUCUACAGGUGGGAUUUCUCAUACCAAGCAUCAGAGGACUUGCCCCGAGCCUUAGCAUCUGUUAAUCUGAAUGAUCCUAACAUUGGAGAUAAUGCAGUCUAUGUGGACUCAGGAGCAAGUACUCACAUGACAAAUUCUUCAGGACAAGGUAACAGGGAAGCAGCUGGCCAAGGGAUCUAGAAGGGGAGGUAUCUAUGCCUUGGAAGACAACAAUCUGCUAGCAUUGGC